ACAAAUCUGCCAAAUAUGCGUCAAAAAUCACGGCUUCAAAAUUAAACAUCUCAGUUUUAUCAAAAUUUCAGUUUUAAUAUAUUUAUGUCACAAAUACCCAUGGUUUUAGUUUAAGUACUGGUUUACGGGGUUGCUGGUAAAUUUUAAGUAGAAAUGGCAGCUUUGGAUUUAGUGAGCAUCGCGCAACCCCACUACAUCCCAGGAUACACAGGGCACUGUCCAGAAUACAAGUAUCGCAUCGGCGACACCUAUGGCUCCACCACGCACAAAAUCCUUCUGGACCCGAACGUGCAGCACUCGGAGAGGCUCGUGUUAUCCGACAGGACAGCUGAUGAUUUUCAAGUAUUCCGGCCAGCACAGACUGACGUGGAUAUCGUCAACGCGAGGUUUCGAAAUGGUGAUCCGGUGUAUAAGCAUCCCAUGAUACCAGGUUACGAAGGCUUUCUACCUCGGUUAAAUGCGCAUUUCGGCCAACGUUACACCGUGCUCGCGACGGAGGCACUCUCCGAGUUCCAAAGGCAGCAGCUCAACUCACGCGCGGCGGCGAACCAACUUGAAAGAGUCCUAGACCUACAGGCAGGCAAAGGCCAACCCUGGAACCUAGUCGACAGAUUCUCGGCGACGGCUGAAUUCAAACUGCCUUUGGUGGCAGUCAGGCCAGAAUGUGCUGGUAUACUACGGAAUUUACCUAUGGAUGAAGCAAAAUUAUCACCAGCAUCGCACUCAAUCAGUCCCUAUUUCAUGGAAGAUGGACCAGAGAAAUUUAUUAAGAAAGGUUUCACGGGUCAUGUACCGUACGGAUUCCAGCGAUUUGGCGAGAGCUCAAAGAAACUAACUAACUCUGCACUCUGUGACUUUUCGUCUAACUACAGGCGAAGGCAGAGUACCGAAUGGGCGCCUGUAAAUGUUGUCAAACCUGACCCGCCCCUCUCCAUCAACCCCACCGAGAUCUAUCACAAGCACGUCGGCAUGAUACCGAACUACGCGGGGCAUGUGCCUGGGUGCCUGUUCAGAUUUGGCAAGACGUACGGGAAUGAUACCCGCGACGCGAAACGCUGGCUCCGCGGCGAUUUCCAAUCUUGAUUGUGAAGCUUAGGCGAAAGGAUUAAAGACGAAAAUUGAAUGUACUAGUUUUUGAAACUAAAUUAAAUAAUGUAAAAGUUUUUAA